CGUCGCGGGGUGCAGUGCGAGCCGAGCCGUCCCCCGGAGAGCCCACGCCGCCCACCGCAGCCGCACCACCCGCGCGGGCGUCCCUCCCCUUUUGCCCUGUCUCACCGUUUCCCUCGCCCGCCACCCCCGCUCAUCCUUUUGCGGCCUUAGUGGGCCCCGGAUCGUUUUCUCUCAUCCCUUUUUGGCUCGGCUCGGCUCAGGCUGCCGCCCUCGACAGUUUAGGCAACCCGCUGCGCUGCGGUGCUAGGCGGGCCGUCCACACUCUGGAGGUAUGAAGCGAGAAGGCGAUCACGCAGACAUGGGCUCUCCCCUGAAGCGCUCUCGCAGCGCGGACGAUGUGGAGGCGCGCUUCCUGAUCCCCAGCAAGAUUGCUGGUUCGAUCAUUGGACGAAGCGGCAACAAUAUUACCAAGCUAAGGACUGAGUACAAAGCCACCAUCACUGUCCCCGAUUGUCCAGGCCCAGAACGGAUGUUGACAAUAUGUGCAGAGCCAGAGACAAUUGUCAGUGUCAUAAACGACAUUAUUCCCCAUAUCGAUAUGGCUUCAAGAAACGAGCGCGGUGUGGGCCAGACCUCUGGCGUGCAGCGCGAGGGGGAGGGCACAGACCUCCGCAUGCUCGUCCACCAGAGCCAGGCCGGCUGCAUCAUCGGCAAGGGUGGACUGAAAGUCAAGGAGCUGCGCGAUAAAACUGGCGCGCGGAUCAAGAUCUACACCAACUGCUGUCCCCAGAGCACGGACCGCGUCGUGCAGAUCUGCGGGCGCAACAACACGUGCGUGGACUGCGUCCGGGAGAUCCUGGACCUCCUGCAGAACACCCCCAUCAAGGGCCACAGCAGCCCCUAUGACCCCCACAACUGCGACGAGUACUACGCCGAGGAGUACGGCGGCUUCUCUGACGGCGGCCGUCGCGGCGGCGAGCGCGGCAUGGGGCCCGGCGGCCCCCCUGGCGGCCCGGGCAUGAUGCCCCCCGGCGGCGGCGGUGGCGGCGGCUUCAGGGGUGGCCCUCGCGACGGGCCCCCGCGUGACCGCGAGAUGGGUCGUGGACCCGGCAUGGGAGGUCCACCUUCCCGUGGCGGCUACGGAGGCGGCGGCUCCGGCGGCUAUGGAGCUGGAGGUGGCGGCGGUGGCGGCGGCUAUGGAGCUGGAGGUGGAGCUGCAAAUGGAAUGGGAAACCCACCUCCAAUGAAUAUGGGACCCAAUAUAGGGGGCAACGGCAAUCAGUCAGGCCAGCGCAACUCCACCCAAGUCACCAUUCCCAAGGAUAUGGCGGGAGCAAUCAUCGGCAAGGGAGGCUCCCGCAUCCGCAAAAUUCGCAUGGACUCGGGAGCCAGCAUCACGAUUGAUGAGCCGGCAGAGGGCUCCAAUGAUCGGGUCAUUACCAUAUGUGGAGCCCCCAAUCAAAUCCAAAUGGCACAGUAUCUUCUCCAGCAAAGUGUGCACGACAGCUCAAAUGAACGAUAUUGACAUGACCGCCAGGAGGCUCGCCAAUCUCCAAAUGCAUCUGAGGUUGCCAAGUUUGAAAAGCGAUGGCUCCCGUAGUAGUUUUGAAGAAUUGACGAUGCCUAGUACUAAGUACUCGUGUUAUAACAUUUUUGCAAUAUUAUUUUUAUUAUGGAUUGCAUUCUGUCAAGCACAAUAUGUAUGUUCUUAUGUGUACCUGAUUGACACAACAGGUUUUGUUGCAUUUCAAGUCCUGAGUAAGGGCCACCAUAUUGUAAGUUGUACCUGGGUACAUUUUUAGGAAAAUUUAUUUGUAGUAUCAUUUUUUCCUUUAUCAAAUAUUCCAUGUCUCAUCAACACAUCACUUAUCGCUCAUGGUGAAUUUUCACUAAUUUUCUUUAUGCAAACCCACCUUUACCACAAUGUUUGUGAAUUGUGUACAUUUUUGCUUUUUUCUUUCUGUACCAAACUUUUGUUUUUAUAUUCCUUUUGUAUCCCAGUACCUUUUUGAGCCCAUCAUCUUGUCGAUGUGAAUGUUAAUUUAGCUGUUUGUGGACAUUCUCACCUGUUUUUUUUCUGCAGAUUUAGUGUAAAUCUCUUUGAUAAGCAUUUUUCUUUUACUUUGUGUGUUGAGAGGCUAUCUAGCUCCAUUUUUUUCCAGUCGUGGUGCAUCAGGAGACGGGAAUAAUUGUGAACCUCCCGAGUGACCUUAUUUCUAGUUAGUGUAAAUGACAUGGUAAACUAGGGUGACUUUGGAUCAUUAUUUCCCAUGAACAUUUUAUAGCUGCCCUUUACAUAUCCAAGGUUUUCUUGCUUUAACUCAAAGAUUUUAGAGCUAUGUGUUAUCACACAUGUGACUAGUCUACAAAGCAUUCCAAAGGAGCUUUUAUGAAUUAAACUAACCUUUCAAUUUUAAGCUGCAAGUACCUUGGUUAGGCCUAAUGGGUUUUACCAUUGGUUUUUAUUAGCAUUAUGUGGAAUAUUUGCCCCUCUAUUUUUUGGUAUCAAAGUCACUUUAGUUUAUUGUACAUGAAAAUCGAUGAAGUAGGCCUGUUUCACUGCAUCGGCCUAAAAUGGCUAAUAGGCACUCCCCUCCUAAAGAGUUAACUUCUAUUAGGUUACUAGAGUAUUCUUAAUAGUUACAUGUAACUUGCGAACACUACCUCACGGUACAGUUAUUCUGUACAUUCAUGUGCACACACCAGUGAACAAGAUGGCAUGUUUAAUGUGAUCGUACAAUGCCUUCUAGAUGUAAGUGUAGGUGGAAAUGACCCAAAAGCUGAGUAUCUAUAUCAAGAAAUUCAAAAUUAAGCUGAAUUAUAACUAUCACUGUGCCAUUAUACGCUGAGACUAUAUGUUCUAAAUUUUAAUAUCAACUGACUCGCACGAGUUGUUCUUUUUGCAGAUUACUCAGCUUUGAAGUGUCAUUUAGAACUCUGUUUUAAGUAAAACUCGAGUCAUUUUUAUUGUCUUCCUUUGAGUGUGUAUGUACCAAAAGAAAAGGUGGCCUGGAUAAAUCAGUAUGUACAUAUAAAGUUGAAAUACGCAAGUCUAGUUAAUGAUAGGUGGUGUAAGUAAAUUAGGCAUUCUAGCUGAGCCCGAUGUAGUUUGUCUCCCGCCACAAUGAAUCAUUGUUUUAAUGUUUUAUUUCUCACAGUUUGUACCUAUGUACUUUGAUGAAAUGCAAUUUAAGGCAGAAUCAGUAACAUCUAUCAAUUGUUAAUGAUGGUUAAAAAUUCUGAACUCUGAUGUGAAUCAAUAGUCCUUAAAUAAAUGAAUAAAUUAAA